AUGGAUUCUAUUUGUUCCCCCCCUUCUUCUCCUUUCCUUACGUCUCCCGUUCCGGACCGGUCGUCCUCUCCUUUUCUUCUGGUACCGAUACCAGAACGUCCUUCUUUUGUUUCACCCUCCCCUGACCGGUCCUCUUCUCUCUUUCUCCUGGAACCGAUCGGCUCGCCGACGCUUCCCCCCACUCCUGUGGUGAUUCGGAGACAGGUGGUGCCUUGGCCCACGCUUAUCCCACCACCUCCUUCCGGCCCUCUGCGGCAGCGGCCUUUGUGUCCAAUCUCUCGGUUGCCUGUACCAGUCACCCGUCAGACUCAACCCACACGCAUUGUCACUCCCGCACAGCCUGCACUGGUGUCGCAGUCUUUGAUCGACCGUCGACGAGCUCGCCAACAGCGCGAACGCCCUUGGGCUUCCGCUCCUCGUUCGACUCGUGUCAAGCUCACCUCUGCACUGACCCGGCCCAACGCCUCUCCUUCAGCCGUCGUACGAGCGGCAUCGCAAGAACCUCUUCAAGGCGCUGACAACUCUCGGAGUGAAGGCUCCACCCAGGCACCUCGGAAGAAGGUCUCCUUUGCCGAGGUUAGGACCGUGAAGGUUGUCUCUCGCUGGAUUAGUGACGUCCCUGCCGAUUAUUCGGAGUGGCGCCAUAAUUGA